AUGAGUUCUUCAAACUUCGCGUUCUGUGCUAUAUACAAAUCUUAUUUGCCUAUCAAAACUGCAAUUUCGGGUCUAUUGCUGUGGUACAGACCGUUUUGGGUUUUCUGGCCCAACUGUAGACAUGUCUUUAGGGCCUCUUUGACUCCACCUCGAGGGGUCAAAGUUGAGAAAGCGCAUCUUCUUGCCCAGAAGAAGAAUUGUUGCAAUUCCUCGUCCGUGCUGCAAAAAGGCCUGGCGUCGCAAAGGGUUGACUCGGAGCCGCCGUUUUCCUCCCCGACAAAUGAGAACCUGGAAGACUUUCCUGCGGAACGGAUCGAGGGUGGUGAUGUGCUCAUUCAUGUCUUCGGCGAAGUUGUACCUGUUGAUAAUGAGCUUGAACCUGACACCGUGCUCGCGGCACAAGUUUGCGGGGCGCAUCAUGUCUGGGAGAUGCGCCCCUUUUCCACUCGUAAAGACGUUUUGAGAUGCGAAAUGAGAUGA